UUUGUUUUUUUAAAUCAGAUUUAUGGUGCCAUAUUCUCAUUUCUUCUAUCACUGAAAAUAUUUCCAGAUUUUCGAAAUGAAUGAUAAGGGUCAGCUAAGUGCUUUAGAGGUCGGGGAAUUGGAUUUAUUUGUAGACAGCAUGGAACCUUCUGAAAUCGAAAAUAUUGGGAAUCAAGCCUGGAUCGACUGGCAUACUAGGCUACAGAAACUAAACCAGCAAGCUGUAUUGGAAGCGUCAUCUAUGAUGGAAGAAGCCACGAAAGAAACCCUAAUUUCUCAUGGCAAGUUACCUGUACUUGUUCACGAGGCUAUUUGCAUUCAAGUAUGGCGGUUAAAAAUAUACCCACAAAUGAUGAAACUGGAACCAGCACCUGCUAGUACUUUCGGGAUAUACAUGGUGUUAUAUCACGAAGCAGCAGCAGUUGGUCUCUUGGAGACUGUCUUAUUUCACGAAGACGGAGUCCAAUGUAUUAGCGAAGUUAUUAUCGAUCUACUGCAAUAUGCUACAGAACAACUGACUUCAUUAAUUGCGCUUCUCAACGACGGUUACUUAAAACCAAUGUCAGGUAAAGAAAUGGAAAGCGAAACGGUAAUAGAAGAGUUGCAGAGACAGAAGAGAGAUCUCCAAUUUGAUAUAAGCAUGAGAUGUAUUUCUAUCGUUAGAUAUCUGGCGGAGCAUAUGGAAGCUGCAGGUUCGGGCGUGUCAAUAGCGACUAAUCUGUACAAAACUAACGACGUACCUUCAAUUCUAUGUCAUCUACUGCAGCUGGAGCCCUGGAAGAAGGUCAACGAUAAAGGCGAUAUUCAAAUAUUCAAUUAUGGGCGUUGGUCAAAAUCAAAUAGGGAAGACUUGUCUCAAAUGCAUCGCAGCGAAGCACAGCUCUGGCUGUGCUUGCGUCAGCUACUCCUAGAACCAAGGCUUAAACAUUUCUACGUCAUUGAUGAGGUCCGACGCACAGCUUUCUGUCGCUUGCAAGGUAAAAUGACUGAAGAAAUUAUAGAUCAAAUACCACCAUUGGGAGAAUUGAAAUCCUUUCUGUGCCAAAUGGCAAUGGGAGACUAUUCCAGUUUGCAUAAUCGAGGAAAUGGCGUUAAGGCUCCUGGAUGUACGGUCAUUGAAGUUGUGCCACAGAUAAAAAAUGCUUACUUACGUCAAGUGCAUAAGAGAAAGAAGUCGCUUGCGGCCAAUCAGUUAAAAAAUUGUUUUGUCGAUGGUUCUGAUGAAUCACGGCGUAUGGCCAAGAAACUACUGGAAUCGUACACUAGCGAUGCUGCCUUAGCUUUGGACAGCGGCGGGGCGAAGUGCGCCAAGUGUGGCGAUAAAGCCAACAAGAAAUGUUCACGAUGCAAAUCGGAAUGGUAUUGCGGAAGGGAAUGUCAAGUGCAGCAAUGGCCGAAACAUAGGGAUAUUUGCGAUCAGUUCGCCAAAUUGCAUGUAUCUGUCUAAUUCAUUUCAAUAAUUAAAUGUACUUGAUAAGAUUUUUAAAUCUUAGACAUUAUAACUUACUCUUAUAAACAAGUAACUUUAAUACUUAGCAAUUGCUUAUUCUAUAAUGUUCAAAACAAGUUCUGUACUUGUUUAAGAUUAUUAUUUUUGGUGUUUAAAAUAAAACACAGUAAAGUAUUUU